ACAAAAAUGGCAAUUUCCAAAAUUCAUGCAAAUUCAAUUCUAUUUUUCCUAGCAACAAUAAUUGUAGUGGCACAGGCGAACUUCAACCGCGACGUCGACAUCAAUUGGGGCGGCGGCAGCCACGCCCAAAUCGUCGAUGGGGGCCGUGGCUUACGCCUCUCCCUCGACCAAUCAUCCGGCUCGGGUUUCCAGUCCAAGAACUACUACUUAUUCGGGAGAUUCGACAUGAUGAUCAAGCUCGUCCCCGGAAACUCUGCCGGCACCGUCACCACGUUCUAUUUGGCCUCCGAGGGUCCGAGUCACGAUGAGAUUGAUUUCGAGUUCCUGGGGAACUCGACUGGCGAGCCUUAUACCGUUCACACGAACGUGUACUCGCAAGGGAAAGGUGACAAGGAGCAGCAGUUUCGUCUCUGGUUCGACCCCACCGCCGCCUUCCACACUUAUUCCAUCAUUUGGAACCCUCAACGUAUUAUAUUUAUGGUGGACAACAUUCCGAUAAGAGUGUUCAACAACCACGGGGCGUCGGGGGUGCCGUUCCCGACGAGCAAGCCGAUGAGGGUCAUAUGCAGUCUAUGGAACGCGGACGACUGGGCGACGCAGGGCGGCCGGGUGAAGACCGAUUGGACGAAAGCUCCGUUCAUCGCACACUACCGGAACAUUAAACUCAGCGGAAAGCCUUGCGCCACCGCCUCGUCGUGCGGGUCAGGGAACGACACGUUCAGCAACGAGGCGUGGCAGACGCAAGGGCUCGACGCCAACGGCCGGAACCGGAUCCGGUGGGUGCAGCAGAAGCAUAUGAUCUACAAUUACUGCAACGAUCCUCCUAGAUUUCCACAGACUCCCCAUGAAUGCAAGGGAUCCAGAUUCUGAUAAUUGUUCAUUCAUUUUUCGAAAUUGUAUUCUUUCAUUUAUUUCUUUCUAUUUGAAAAUUGAUGCGUUUGUUUGUUGAAUAAAUAUUGAUUAUUUAUACU